CUGAGUGGUGUGGUGGUCUUCACUGUUUGUAACUGCUUUGAUAUUGACAAUUCUUGAAAAAUUUCCUCGGAUAUAAAUGACUGAUUGCCAAAUGGUUUCCUCAGAUUUUACAGCCGAUGAGAAGAUGGAGAUUGAGAGCAUCAAGACGUAUAAGGAAGACCUUCUGGAUGAUAUCCAGAAAUUAAAGAUGGAGAUAGACAACAUCAUGGCGGAUGUUCUCAGCUUCGAGUCUGCAGAGGAAAACAAGACCACGGAGAAGAGCAAACAGUUCUCAAAUGGGAAGAAGAAAUUCAACAUGGACCCCAAAAAGGGUAUCAAUUACCUGGUGGAGAAUAAGCUGCUGGAUAGAAGCGCUCAGUCCAUCGCUGAGUUCCUCUACAAGGAGGAGGGACUGAACAAAACAGCCAUUGGAGAAUUUCUCGGAGAAAGAGAGGAGCUCCACCUCCAGACCCUGAAGGCGUUUGUGGAGCUGCACGAGUUCUCCGACCUCAACCUGGUCCAGGCCCUCAGACAGUUUCUGUGGAGUUUCCGUCUGCCCGGUGAAGCCCAGAAGAUCGACCGCAUGAUGGAGGCCUUCGCCACGCGCUACUGUGACUGCAACACUCAUGUCUUCCAGUCGACUGACACGUGCUACAUCCUGUCCUUUGCCAUCAUCAUGCUCAACACCAGCCUUCACAACCCCAACGUGAAGGACAAGACCACUCUGGAGCGUUUCAUCUCCAUGAACAGAGGCAUCAACAACGGAGAGGAUCUACCUAAUGACCUGCUCUCGAAACUGUACGAGAGCAUUCGCAACGAGCCUUUCAAAAUCCCAGAGGAUGAUGGGAAUGAUCUGACUCACACCUUCUUCAACCCUGACAGAGAAGGCUGGCUCCUCAAACUUGGAGGUCGGGUUAAGACGUGGAAGAGGCGAUGGUUCAUCCUGACUGACAACUGCCUCUACUACUUUGAGUUCACCACUGAUAAAGAGCCCCGAGGCAUCAUCCCUCUAGAGAACCUCUGUGUGAGGGAAGUGCCAUAUCCUCGCAAACCGUACUGUCUGGAGCUGUACAACCCCAACAGUCGAGGGCAGAAGAUCAAAGCGUGUAAAACAGAGACAGACGGUAGAGUGGUGGAGGGGAAGCACCAGUCCUACACCAUCUGUGCUGCCAGCGCAGAGGAGAGGGACUCCUGGAUCGAGGCCAUCAGAGCGAGUAUCACCAAGGAUCCGUUCUACGACUUGGUCUCGGUCCGUAAGAAGAAGGUGAUAAACCAAGCUCCUCAGGACUGAGCGGUCCGUCGCCCCCUAUGGACAUUUAUAAUACUGCACCACAGUGGUGCUUAAGUUGUAUUUAACAACCCACAACACAAACUGAGCAAGGACACUGGAGGCUUGACACUGAUGGAGGUCAUCUAGGCUAAAAGAGAGACUUCUCUUUCCACUUCUCUUUUUACAAGCUGAGCUAAACAGUGUCAAAGGUGAAACAUUGACUCAUUUCUGUUGCUCACUCUGUCAGCGCAACAAGCCACAAGACUUUGUCGAUAUAUCCUCUGCGAAGUUGAUAUCUGCCUGCUCCACAAGAUUUUGUUUCCAGGUUCAGGAAGAUAAAUUAAGCAUUUGUGACGUCCCAGUAGAUCUACUGUACGCUACAAAAAGAGAAGAUGUUACUUAGCUUCCUAUCAGUUUUCAUAAAGGUAAAAGGCGUGAAAAUAGAGCUCUACAUGAUACGCUUCUGUUCCGGUUAGGUGUCAUUUGAGGGCGGUUGCUCAUGCUUCAUUUUGUAAAUACAGAAACAUUUUAUCAUGUUAAAUCAUUCUUUUGAUUUUAUUGCACUGUGUACGCUGUACUUUAUGUGACAGAAACUUUUUAGUUCUACCUUAUGUUGUGUGAGUUUGUUAUGUUCUCUUGAAUUAUUUAAUAAAAAGUAUUCUACUGCUUGUUGACAUCU